AGCUAUGAUCCCAUCGAUCAUCGGCGCCAAAUAUGGAAAAAUGAUUGGAGAGUUUGGAAGUCGAUCGACCCAUGGCGUAUCAGGCGCAGUGUUUGCUGCCAACAACAAGACAAUUGUUAUUGACCAAUUUACAUUCGAUGGAACUGCAAAUACAGUUGUCUUAAUCGGCAAAACAAGGAUCGCUACAUUGAAUGGCACUGAGGUUCCUGUUGUUCCGUUAGGUAGAGAAGCUGGCAGUUUAGGAGCAUACCACAAUGACUUACUGGUGUUGGACAUCCCAGGCACUGAGUCAAUCUCAGAAUAUAAAUAUAUUGCAGUCUGGAACACAGACAACCAAGGAGAAAGCUUUGGCUCUGUCACUAUCCCGGAUGACUUCACUCCUCCGGCCCCACAUGCCCUAGGUGCCAUCCUGGUGGGAAAGAAGCAUGAGGUGUCUGUGCUGAACAUUAUCAUAGAGGACAGCAAAAAAGUCAGCUUUAUUGGAAUGUCUUAUGAUGGACAAGGCCCAGCGGUAUUUUUCUGGGCUGGGCAUGCAGCACAACCAGAUGAAAAUGGGACUGCACUCCUGUGGAAAGAUGCUGUGAGCCAGGAAGUGAAGCGUAUCUUCCGUGCUGAAACCAUCACUGUGACCCUCCCACCAGGCAACCUGACUAUUUCGGAUUACUCCUACAUCAGUCUGUGGUGUGUCAAGUUCGUAGUCAGCUUUGGACAUUUCUUUCUUGUCAAUACUAGCUCCUGGAAUGUUCCACCGUCAACCGACGUGAUCAGGGUUUACGACAAUUGUGAAGUGUUGUCUGCAGACCAUCUCCAGGUCCGUUGGUCUAUCAAAGGGGGCAUUAUCGAUGUUCAACUGAGUGGCAAGAUCCCUCUCAGCUCCUUCAUGGCGUUUGGUGUGAGUGGCAUGACCUCUCACAUCAGGGGCUCGGAUGUCGCAGUAGCCUGGGUCAACCUGCGCAAUAUGAAACCGACGGUAGUUGACUAUCACAUGCAGAGUUCCUCACAGUGUUCAAUGGGAUCUGGAGCCUGCCCUGACACUGUUGCCAAGCCUACUGAAGGAACCAAUGAUGUCGCCCUGACAUCCUCCUCAACAGUGGGCGGAGUCAUGCGGAUCUCCUACUCUCGUUAUUUGGACACAGGUGAUUCCCUUGAUAAGGUGAUUCCCACAGAUAAGUCAGUCUAUGUUGUCUGGGCAAUUGGCCCAGUCAAAGAUGGAAACACUGUGCUCUUCAAUGAAGACACUAUUGUGUCAGCUUCAACACAGAUCAAUUUUGGCCGUACUGCAAGCAAUGUUUGCCCAGAGCUUAUCAACAUUCCUCCUUAUACGGUGGAUCCGCUGCCAGCUUGGCCGACACUUGAGAUCAGAGACCAAGACCAGUUGAGAGUGGACCUAGGGCCGGCUGGGGGUGUCAGAGGAUACAGCGCAAUCACAGAAAAGAGAGGCGGCUGGAAAUAUUCCUGGUACAUCAAUGGUCUUCUGGUGCCGGUUAUCAAGCUGCAAAGAGGCAAGAGAUGCAUCUUCAACGUUUUUGGUGGGAAUGAUCCAACAAAUCCAGGCAACUACCAUCCUUUCUAUCUGACCAGCAGCGACAGAGGAGGAUACAGCCAGCUCUCAGAGGAACAGAAAAAGGAAGAGGUGAUAUAUGCAGAUAAACAGACUGGACCACUGUGCAAGUACAUCGAUGAUGGAAGCAACCCUGACAGUUUGGACAGUUUUGCCGAGUACCAGGCUCAUCUCACUCUAGACUGUAGCGAUAGGGUAGUCGGGGGACUUCUGGAAUGGACACCAGACAGCUCAACACCUGAUACUGUUUACUAUCAGAGCUACACUCAUUUUGGUAUGGGUUUCAAGAUUGAACUCAGCUCCUCCGCUGCAAUUCCCACUCUCUCCUUUUCCAUGGCGAUAGGAUUGCUCCUAGCUGCCAUUUUGAAGAAGCUUCUUGCAGAAUGAUCCUUGAAUCUCACAUGAAGUAGAUUUGUAAAGAAUUAAUGCACAGAAACGCACAAUUUAUCCCAUGAUGUUUAAAAACAAAUAUUCAUAAGAUGGAAUUUGCAUUAGGAUGAUGUAAAUCAAUAUUAGGUUUUGCCCUUCACCGGGGUUCAAGUCCCACCCGAGUGUUUUUUUCCAACUUUUACUCUGGAGGUAACUCACUGAGUUUAAAGUGUUUAUACGUCGGUGAAGGGCAAAACCUAAUACAUGUAUUGAUUUUAAAAAAAAAAUUGACUUUGAAAUUAGAAUUAUUAUUUGUUUUGUUUACACAUUAAGAAAGUUUACCAAGACACAGCAAUUGUAGCCACUUAUUAAAUCUAAAUUAUUAAUUUAAUAGAGUCUAAUAAUACAGUUUCAGAAAAGAGAAAA